AGAACUCGCCUCGAAGCCAGAGUCCGAUUGGUCAACCGAUCGAAUCGACGGCGAACUGCGAUUCCAUCGAAUUUCCAAAUUUUACUUCUGAAAAAAGCCGCUUUUGUAAUUUCGGGUGGUGGGAGAGCGACCCGUUAUCCGGCGCUAAAAGUGAAAAGCCCGCCACGGCCACCCAUCAACUCCACCGUCUCUCUCCUUUCAAUUUCUCUCCAAAAAUCUUCAAGGUCUAGAAAGAGAGAGGGAAGGUGGGAAGGAGGGAGGGAGGGAGGGAGGGAGGAGAGAGAAGGGGGUUGGCAAUGGCAACAAAGUCAGAGAAGUUUUCUCUGGAUUUUGUGAUGGGGGGAAUGGCAGCCUUGGUGUCAAAGAGUGCAGCAGCACCCAUUGAGAGAGUGAAGCUUCUCCUGCAGAAUCAGGGAGAGAUGAUAAAAAGAGGGCAGAUUAAGAGACCUUAUAAGGGUGUUGGUGAUUGCUUUACAAGGGUGUUUAGAGAGGAAGGCGUGUUGUCGUUUUGGCGAGGCAACCAGGCCAAUGUUAUUCGAUAUUUUCCUACUCAGGCCUUCAACUUUGCAUUUAGAGGUUACUUCAAAAGCAUCUUUGGCUGCUCAAAAGAGAAAGAUGGAUACAUAAAGUGGUUUGCUGGAAAUGUGGCUUCAGGAAGUGCUGCUGGAGCAACUACUUCAUUAUUUCUAUAUCAUCUGGACUAUGCACGUACGCGGCUAGGCACCGAUGGGAGGGGGUCUGCAGUUAGUGGUCAACGCCAGUUCAGUGGGAUUCUAGAUGUUUACAGUAAAACCUUAUCAAGCGAUGGAAUAGUUGGGCUCUAUCGAGGAUUUGGGGCUUCGAUCAUUGGAAUUACGAUGUAUCGAGGAAUGUACUUUGGGAUUUAUGACACCAUGAAGCCUGUUGUUUUGGUUGGUCCUUUGGAGGGGAAUUUUUUAGCUAGUUUUUUGCUUGGCUGGAGUGUAACAACAGUCUCUGGGGUCUGCGCCUAUCCAUUUGAUACUGUUCGGCGGAGAAUGAUGCUAACAUCAGCACCGUCAAAGUAUCGUAACGCCUUGCAUGCAUUUCGGGAGAUUGUUUACCUUGAGGGUUUCACAGCACUGUUUCGAGGAGUUACUGCAAAUAUGCUUCUAGGGGUCGCUGGAGCUGGGGUACUUGCAGGAUAUGAUCAGCUGCAGCGAAUUGCAUAUAAACGUGGUUUGUCCUUUGAGCCACAGCAAAGAGUUUUGAAGUGAAAGUCUGGACAUGACACAUAGACAGGGUUAUUCUUUUGAGCCACAUGAAAGAGUUUUCGAGUGAAAGCCUGGGCAUAGGACAUAUACAUGGUUAUUCUUUUGAGCCACGACCGGGAGUUUUCAAGUGAACUUUCAGACAUGAGAUCUGUAUAUACCUCGUCAAUUGAUUCAUGCUUACAGAGAUCGAUUCAGAAUUCAAGUAGAAAGAGGCAAAGAGGAAAAUAACAGGACAAGGUAAGAAUAUUUGUUGAUCGAUUGCCACUGCUGUUUCCUGGAAUGCCUAAGGAAAAUCAUAGUCCUCCCUCUAUACAGUUGAAUAAAUUAUAUUCGAUUAUUUGUAUCAGAUUGCAAUUUAACGGAUAGGUACCACAUUUACACAGGAAAAUCAUUCUUCUUCAGUUUCAUUAGCUUUUCUAUUUCAGAGCUCGGAACUCGUUUUUCGCUGCUGAGAAGAUGGGGAAUACAGAGAAGAUAUCAAACUGUCAAAGGAUUUUUCUUUUCUUUCAUUCAAAAGCCACAAUCAAUCCCAAUUUGUAUGCAAAUUGUAUGGGGAACACGAUUUCGCCCGCCUUAGUAUUUGAAGUAACUUGAUUGAGAAGAAAAACUCUUUAUCUUAAAAGUUGCACUGAGUUUUGGAUU